AUGUCGACCUAUGUCAUUGUCGACGAUAUCGACCCUACCAUACAAUACUCUGCAAUGCUCGACCCAUCAUCUUCUCAAAAUGGCGGAUGGUCUCAUGGCUCUGGCGUUCGCCUUAACCCGCUCAACCCUUCAUCAAGCGUGACGUACUCAGCGGAACCUGGUCUUCCAGAGUCUCUGACGUUUGAAUUUUCUGGGUCCCAGAUCUCCGUCAUCUCGAAAAUCCCCAUCAACACCGAUAUGAAUAACGCGACCACGAACGUCAACUUCUCUAUAGACAGCACCGUCGUCUACUCCACCACCUGUGUCACAAACAACCAAUGGCAAACGCACGUGCCCAUAUUCACCUCCGACCGACUUUCGGAAGGCAAUCACACGCUCGAAAUCUCCAUAUCGCCAGAACACGAAAACUCUGAGGACAUCGCUGGGUCGAGCUUUCAACUGGACUACCUCAUCUACGAGGCAACAGUCAAUUCGACCAUCGCCAAUUCGACAACAUCGUGGGUUUUCGUCGACGACAGCAAUCCGUUCAUUUCGUACUCGGUGGGCGAUUGGAGUACGCCGGGCACGACGGUCUGGGUGCCUAGCACCUCCCUCACGCUGGACGCAGUCACUCUGAACCGCACCUUGACGGCCUCCACAGCCCCUGGUGCAACGAUGUAUCUGGAGUUCACUGGAACUGCGAUUGAAGCGUAUGGAAUGGUCCCGUACGCCCUCUCAGAUGAUUUAGAUGCCGUCCUCUCCUACAGCAUAGACGGUCGUGCUCCAUCGAACGUGUCCAUCCCAUCAAGCACCAAGUCGUUUCCGCUGUACAACUGGCUCUUCAUUCAAGAAUCAGGCUCGACAGGGACGGAUCCAGACGAAAGCCACAGCCUCGAGAUCACCGUCUUCGAAGCCAACACGUUUUACCUGGAUUAUAUCGUCGUUUCUUCCCCGAAAGCUUUUGUCGCACAAAACCUUCCCACUCAUAGCUCUACGACGACGAGCUCGAGCUUAAGCUCACAUGGUACGGCCGUAUCGACUCCGUCGAGCUCCGUUGAACAGGCGAAGUCGAGCAGCAGUCGUGUGGGGAAGAUAGUGGGGCCCGUCGUUGCAGCAGUUGCCGUCUUGGUGGGAAUGGUGUUCGUCAUCAUCUUCCUGCGCCGCAGAAGACCGAGAGCAGCUCUCUCGAACUCUACGGACCCUCUCACGUCGGUUCGACAUCGCAGCCAGCAUAACUCGACCCAGAUCACUCCAUUCACCUCCUUCUACGACUCCGACGUCUCCUAUACAGAGCGUACACCACAGCGCUUUGGCAAGGGAUUCGGACAAGACAUGACCCAAUCCUUUGAUUCCCAGGGGCUGACGCCCACGCCCACAUCACCGUCAUCGUUGAGGGACAUACGUGCCACACCGCGGCAGCCAGACGAAACUCAGACGUUUGUGGGGAGCAUGUUGACAGCGGCACCGCCUCCGAGCUAUCAUGCAUAUUAGUUCGACGUUCCGUGUUGACAUUUUUCGAUUUCGUUCUCAGCUAGGUCCCGUGUUAUUUGGACUUGUACUUAUGGUUGUUGUAUGUAUCAACAGACGACUUUCUC